AUGCUCAUGGCAGCGGUCGGGCCAAUGUACGUUGAUCAUCGAGGUAACCUUAAGAAUUAUUGCAACGAUUUAAGCGCCAUCGAUGCAGACUCAGACUCUGAGUCCAGCUUAUCUUUGUCCUCAGUGGAAGCGUCAUCUUCAAACGAUGAUAAGAGAGACUCAGACUGUAAGUCUGAUUCCGAGUUCAGUCACUAUUCAGAUCAAGACAUACGUGGACAUUUUAACUGCGACCAGAAGAGCACAGUCACACGGACUGCAACAUUGUUCGACACGAUAGGAAACAUGAUACGUUUUGACAAUGUUGGCUACAUUGCAUGGCUCGUACCUUUUACUGGCUUGUGCACGAUGCUUGGCACCGAGUUAUUAGCGUGUACCCACCACUUUACCUGUUCGGAUAAUUAUCCAACACUGUCGUACGCCGCGACAUUUCGACCAGAAGGGUACGCUUUCACUGGCGGCAUGUGCCUUACAGCUAUCUUCAUCUUGGCAUCGAUUGCACUCUUUUUUUGUUUCGACCAUCGUCUUUUUUCUUUCGGCUUGGAUGAUGAUCGUCAUGUCAAUCUCCUUUCUCUCUUACGUCAACGUUCUUUCUGGCUUGCAUUGCGUCGCUGGAGAACACUAGACGAAUUAACCGCGUAUACUUUGGGUCGCCUAUUUGUGAAUUCAGGACUGACGUCUUCAAUGUUAUUUGCCAUCUUCUUUCUGUGUGCGAAUAACGUGUGGCCGAAUCCGGUGGGUUUUACUGCGGUACAAGAAGCUUUUUUUGAAGCGCUUGCAAUUGUGUGUCAGCUCCUUUUUAUGGGGACUCUCUCGAGUGAAUUAGCUCGGCUGGCGCGACUUGUUGAGCAUUGCGACUACGCAGAAUUAAACAGAUAUGACUAA